ACCGUCGUGUGUCCAGUCAUUCGCGCUUCCGCAGGUUUCCGCUCGUGAUGACGUUUGAAUGCCAGUGAUCGGUCAACUUGCCUAAAGCACAGAGGUCCUGGUUUGUCUGGCAUCUUUGCGAUCUUGUCUGUCCUUUCUCUUAGUGUUUCUGUCUAGUAAACAUGAACACACUAAUAUCUGUGCUUUACCUUGGUCUCAUAGGCCUUGUUACUGCCUUUCCCUUGUCACUCAUUGCAAGGCAAGAUGGACCAACUUCUGCCUCUAAGUCCUGCCUCUCGCUUCAAACUAGCUGUAAUGCGACCACGGUUGAUCUCACCAACUUUUACAACUACAUGUCAUGCUUCCUCCUAACUGUAUGUUCAUCAGACGUCGAGAUCCCUGCCCAGGUCCUCAAUGCAUUCCAUGCGCCUGCGACCCAACCUCGGCUGACCGAAUCUGUUUUCUAUGCCAUUUCAAACGGGAAUUCGUACAUGACGGAACAAAACUACAUUGAUGUGUAUUAUCAUCAGAUUUCCAUCACUCCUGAUGGCUCCUACCCUGACGAUGUCACUCACAUUCGUGAUCAGUGGUCGACCAUCGCUGCUUGAACCGGUUUCUGCGCUACUGGAAGCAUUCCUUAUGAAAACCUUGCUGUGUGUACUCGUUGCUUUUAGAUAAUAAUAUCUCUUCUUCCAUUUUUUCCAGGACUGGCUUGAGUAU